CGGCUCAGUAUCUGACCCAGAUGGUGAUCCGAACCCGGAGGCGUGUUUGUACAGUAAAUAUAUGUCGCGUUUAUCCUGUCGGGCUUUAGUGCCGUAAACCGUGUUCACCCGCGCAUGCUCACAGCGUGUAAACACAGACAGAUCCGCAUGGUUGCCGAGAGGUGAAAUCUAACGUGUGACUAUAACAGAGAAGCCUGCAGCAUGAAGGAAACACCGCUGUCCAACUGCGAGCGGGACUUCCUACUGAAAGCCAUCGAGGAGAAGAAGCGCCUGGACGGGCGACAGACGUAUGACUACAGGAAAAUAAAAAUCACUUUUGGAACCGACUAUGGAUGCUGCUUUGUGGAUCUGGGCCAAACCAGGGUCAUGGCCCAGGCGUCCUGUGAGCUGGUGGCACCCAAAGACAGUCGCCCCAACGAGGGAAUCAUGUCCUUCAACCUGGAGCUGUCGCCGAUGGCCUCCCCAGCCUUCGAGCAGGGAAGACAGUCGGAGUUGUCGGUGAAGCUGAACAGACAGCUGGAGAGAUGCCUGAGGAACUCCAAGUGCAUCGAUACGGAGUCGCUGUGCGUGGUGUCUGGAGAAAAGGUGUGGAAGAUCAGAGUGGACGUCCACACGCUGAACAACGACGGGAACCUGAUGGAUGCCGCCAGCGUGGCCGCCAUCAGCGCCCUGUGCCACUUCAGACGCCCCGACGUCGGCAUCCAGGGGGAGGAGGUCACAGUGUACGGUCCAGAGGAGAGAGACCCCAUUCCUCUGAGCAUCUACCACAUGCCCAUCAGCGUCAGCUUCGCCUUCUUCCAGCAGGGAACGUACCUGCUGGUGGACCCGUGCGAGCGGGAGGAGCGCGUGAUGGACGGCCUGCUGAUGAUCGCCAUGAACAAGCACAGAGAGAUCUGCUCCAUUCAGUCCAGCGGGGGGAUCAUGCUGCUGAAGGAGCAGGUGAUGAGAUGCAGCAAGAUAGCCAGCGUCAAGGUGUCUGAGAUCACAGAGCUCAUCAACAAGGCUCUGCUGAAUGACAAGACUGCCAGGAAAGCAGGCGGUAGGUGUGGUUUUGCAGAGUCCAUGCCUCAGGAGCGGAUCACAGCGCUUAAAACGGACCAGACGUCCGUGGAGAUGACGGAUGUCGCCGAAACAGCCAGCAGCGUUUUCCAGACAGCCGAAGCUCCGCCUCAGACGGCGCCGUCCCCAUUGGUGCCGGCACCAGGGGUCGGACAGGUAGGGGAGGGUGUGCGCAACACCUGGGGCCUGGAAGAGGAAGGGGAAGAGGAGGAGAAUGAGGAAGGAGUGAGCAGCGGAGGGGACAGCGUGGAGGAAAUGACGAAGAUGGAGGAGGAACAGCAUAAAGAAAGCAAGAGCAGAAAAGCGGAUGUUGUGGAGAUAUUAGACAGUGACGAAGAGGAGGAGGAGGAGGAGGAGGAGGUGGUCAUCCUUUAUCCCGAGACAACAGGAAAAGCUAAAAAUGCAGGUUCCAGUUCUGGCCAGAAGGGGGCAGCAACAUCCAGGAAACAAAGGAAGAAAUGACUUCGUUCUCUUGAUCUGACGGCAGCUUAAAAUGAAAUAAAAACAACAUAAAAUACUACUAAAUAACAUUAAAAUUCACUGUAAUGUAACAUUGACCAAAUAAAUCUAUUUUUUACAACGUUUAA